CCUCAACGUACCUACAUGGCUUCCCUUCGUUUCAACUCUCUGAAGGCUGCCCUCAACGACAAGGUCAGUCCAUUACACUACACGAAUUCAAGUGUUGGCAACUGGCAUGUCUCUCGAGAGAUUGUCAGGAAAUGCAGAGUUUUGCAGCAUCAGAAGAGGCGUUGGAGUGAGGUGCACUUCUGAGAGGGACUUGGGAAUGUCAGCUUUGAUUGGUGAUGUAUCCGAAUGCGUGGAUGAAUCUUCCCAUAAGCUCAAUUUGAGUACAAAAAUGCCGAGUGUUUCGACAAUUCUGACAAAUUUUGGCAAUUCCUUCGACCCAUAUGAUGCUCUCAGUACACCUUUGUAUCAGACAGCUACUUUUAAUCAGCCUUCCGCUGUGGAGAAUGGCCCAUAUGACUAUACCAGAAGUGGGAAUCCUACAAGGGACACACUAGAGAGGCUCAUAGCCAAGUUGGAGAAGGCAGAUCGUGCUUUUUGCUUCACUAGUGGAAUGGCUGCUUUGGCUACUGUCACUCAUCUUGUUGAAUCUGGUCAAGAAAUCGUUGCAGGCGAUGAUAUGUAUGGAGGUUCUGAUCGGUUACUCUCAAAAGUUGUUCCUAAAAGCGGAAUCACAGUGAAGCGAGUAGAUAUGACUGACUUGAGUGUGGUUGCUUCUGCAAUUGGCCGAUCAACAAAACUUGUGUGGUUGGAAACUCCAACGAAUCCUCUUCAAAGAAUUUGUGAUAUGAGAAACAUAGCAGAAAUUGCCCACACACAUGGUGCUCUUGUUCUUGUGGAUAACAGCAUCAUGUCUCCUGUACUUUCUCGACCUUUAGAUCUGGGAGCAGAUAUCGUGAUGCAUUCAGCUACUAAAUUCAUAUCUGGGCAUAGUGAUCUCAUGGCAGGCAUUCUUGCUGUAAAAGGGGAAAGUUUGGCAAAAGAUAUAUAUUUUCUACAAAACGCAGAAGGUUCAGGAUUAGCUCCAUUUGACUGCUGGCUUUGCUUGCGGGGUAUCAAGACUAUGGCUUUACGCAUAGAAAAACAACAGGAGAAUGCGCAAAAGGUUGCAGAAUUUCUUUCAUCUCAUCCUCGUGUAAAGAAAGUCUUCUAUGCCGGUCUUCCUGAUCAUCCUGGCCAUUCUUUACACUACUCUCAGGCCAAUGGGGCUGGUUCAGUGCUCAGCUUUGUGACAGGGUCAUUGGCACUCUCAAAGCACAUUGUUGAAGCCACACAGUAUUUCAGCAUCACUGUUAGUUUUGGCAGUGUGAAGUCACUCAUCAGCUUGCCGUGCUUUAUGUCACAUUCAAGCAUACCUGCUGAGAUGCGGAAUUCGCGUGGUUUGAUUGAAGAUUUGGUUCGAAUAUCUGUUGGCAUUGAAGAUGUUAACGACCUGAUUGCAGACUUGGACAAUGCCAUUAAAACUGGGCCUCCAUAAUUUAUUCAAAAUGCUAUGCUGCAAAAACUGGGAAAAUGGUUUUGUUUUACUUCCGAUGGUAUGUUAGCAUGGUGUAUUUUUUUUUUUUUUUUUUCCUGUUAGUGAAAAAUGAUACCUUCACCUAGUUUGUUUUAGGUUUUUUUUUUUCUGGUAGCAAAAAAUGAUGCCUUUACCUAGUUUGUUUUAGGGCAAAUUUCAAGGGUAGAAUUCUUGUUCCUCACUCGUGCAAAACUGGGUGCCUUAUCACUAAAUCAUAUAGUCCAUGGGCGUGUUAAUGUUAUGUUGUUGCAUUAAUUUGGAAGCUGUAUUAUUCAUCGGUGCA